AUGGCAAAAGUCCAUUUUAUUGAAACCCAACAAGGUCCUGCAUGGGUGAUUGAUGAUGCGAUUCCAGAAUCGAAGUUGCAGUGUAUCGAUGCCUUCCGAGAAACACUUGAAUUGAAUAGUAAAAGGCCAACUGUAGAUCGUCGUUUCUUUGCGGAUGAAAUCGGAACAAGACCAAUGGCGACAGCACUUGAAGAUGCGUUGAACAGCAUGAUGAUAAGUGGAAAGUUCCACGUCUUUCAGUACCAGCGAUUUUUGGAGUAUCGGAAAGAAGGUGCUUCAUUGGAUCCCCACACAGAUGGCACGAAAAUUUGCGAUAACACGAACUACAAGUCGACUCAUACGUUACUGUUGUAUUUGUCAGACUGCAAAGAGGGAGGAGAGACAUUGAUCUUGAACCAAUGCUCUUGGGAUGCCACUGUUUUAUACCCGACAAAGCCACAGCGUGGAAGAAUCCUCUUAUUCCCGCAUGCUUGUCCUCACGCGGGAAAUGUGGUGAAAGAUGUCCCAAAAAUCUGUCUUCGAGCCGAGGUUUCCCACAUGCUGGCACUUUGA